AUGACUGGCGCAGGUAAAGAUUUCACAUCGGAUCUGAUCUCGCGAAGCGCACUGGGGAAAAGUCACUUUGCAGAGGAAGGCUACGCCAUUCCCAAAACGGACAGCGUGACCUGGAUUCUUCUCAGCCUUGCCAGGAAGUUUUUUAAUGUCUCUUUCCCAGACUACCAUGGGAGACCGCCAGACAUGUUUGGGACCAAGAUCCUUUGCCAGGCCUCUCGAUCCUCUCCUCGGGCUCUUGCAUUUGUGAGGGGGUCUCGACGGCAUCAGCAAAGGAUUUUUCGUCAUGGAACCGCAACCUGGAAACAAAAACACAUACCGGCACGGGUUUGCUCCUCGAGUCGAGAGAGACAUCUAGCCACUUCAGUUUCGCCGAGUCCGUUGGGCCAGGAUCUCCCUGCGAUCUACAAACCUCCCACUACUGGCAUUAUAUCGAAACUACCCUCAUCAUGGAUUCCUUAUGCCGAGCUUAUCCGGCUCGACAAACCCGCGGGGACGUACUACCUCUUCUUCCCCUGCAUGUUUUCUACGCUUUUGGCGGCACCGAUGGCUGUGCCGAUGGCUUCACCGCUCGAGGUGAUAUCUACGACGGCUCUUUUCUUCACCGGCGCUUUGAUCAUGCGAGGCGCCGGCUGUACAAUAAAUGAUCUCUGGGACCGCAACUUGGAUCCACAUGUCGAACGUACACAACUACGACCCAUUGCGCGGAAAGCCGUUUCUGUUGAAAAUGCAAUUGUAUAUCUAGGCGCACAGCUUCUUACUGGGUUGACUCUGCUCUUACAAUUUCCCCUACCUUGUCUCUACUAUGGAGUUCCAAGCCUGCUUCUGGUCACGGUAUAUCCUCUGGCGAAGCGAGUUACACAUUACCCGCAGUUUGUUCUCGGGUUGACCUUUUCAUGGGGCGCCAUCAUGGGCUUUCCCGCCCUAGGCAUCGACCUUAUCUCGAACCCUGGUGCACUUGCAGCUGCCGCGGCACUGUAUUCCAGCUGUGUGGCGUGGACCCUCAAUUAUGACAUGAUCUAUGCCUACAUGGACAUCAAGGACGACGUCAAAGUGGGCAUCAAGUCAAUCGCUCAAGCACACGAGCACAAUUCAAAGACCGCCCUGUCUGUCUUCUCUGCUGCUCAGAUUGGACUUCUCGCGGCCGCCGGGUAUUUUGCUGGAGCAGGACCAGUCUUUUUCAUCGGGAGUUGUGGUGGCGGUGCACUGGCUUUGGCAACCAUGGUCCGGCGGGUGAAUUUGAAGGAUGUCAGAGAUUGUUGGUGGUGGUUUAGAAACGGUGCCUGGAUCACCGGCGGGGUCAUCUCUCUCGGCUUGCUCGGAGACUAUCUUCAUCGGAAGACUCAAGAGGAGUCUCGAUCCACGACUCAGACCUUCAGUGGCGCAUGAUAGCAUGCCGGUCGUCACUGGCCGUUGGCCUCGUAAAAAUCCUGAAUACCGAGUGCCAGGUGCUCGUCAAUGUAACUCACGAUCUGCCUCCAGUCCAU